UCUUCUACCUCUCCAAAGCUUUUCCUCUUUUAACAAAAACCCUUCUCUCUCUCUCUCUCUCCCUCUCUUAAUGGCUUUUGGGGUUGUGCAACAAACCCAACAACACCAAGCUGUUGCCAUGGUGAGGAAAAGGAGAACGGAGAGAAUGAACCUUCCUACUUCUGGAGAGGGGUCUGGGUCUCAGGAGUCCAGUGGCAGUGGUGGACAAGGUGGAGGACCACAGCAUCCAGCUGGCAGAACUGCAGUGCCUCAACAACAAGGUGGUGGGGGAGGACGUGGUGGGGGCUUUGUCAAUCCUCAGCCACCGCAACAUGGUGGACGUGGCGGCGGAGACUACCAAGGUCGAGGUGCAGGAUCCCAACCACGUGGAGGAAUGGCACCACAGGAGGGUGGUAUUCUUCCUGAAUACCAAGGUCGUGGAAGUGUUCAACCUCGUGGAGGCAUGGCACCCCAGGUCCCUCAUCCAGAAUACCAAGGUCGUGGUGCUCCUCAGCCUCACAGAGGUGGCAUGGUACAGCAGCAGCCUGGCACCCAACAGUAUGAGUAUCGAGGGCGUGGCGGGUCUCAAGCGAGAGGUGGGAUGCCUCAUCAAUAUGCUGGUGGGCGACGGGGUGGCGGACACACUGGUGGGCAACGGACCGGCCCUUCUGGUAGUCCAACCAGGCCGCCAGCUCCCGAGCUGCACCAAGCAACACAGGCUACUUAUCAUGCCUCUCAGCCUUCUCCAACAGCAGAAGCUGGCUCAUCACAAUCCCAAACCCCAGAGAUAACUUUUGGUCAGGUAGAGCAGCAGUUUCAGCAGCUCUCUGUCCAGGGUGAAGAUAAACCUACCCAGGCAAUCCAGACUGUUACAUCUGCUUCAUCAAGCAAAUCUGUGAGGUUUCCGUUACGUCCAGGAAUGGGUAGUUCUGGUGAUAAAUGCAUAGUAAAGGCUAACCAUUUCUUUGCUGAGCUUCCUGAUAAAGAUCUUCACCAGUAUGAUGUUUCAAUAACACCAGAGGUUACGUCCCGAGGUGUGAAUCGAGCUGUCAUAAAGCAGCUUGUCACUCUCUACAGACAGACUCAUUUAGGUGGUCGCCUUCCAGCUUAUGAUGGCAGAAAGAGCCUUUAUACAGCUGGACCACUACCAUUUGGGUCGAAAAGCUUUCAAAUUACUCUGCUUGAUGAAGAAGAAGGACCAGCUGGCCAAAGGAGAGAGAGGCUGUUCACAGUUGCAAUUAAAUUUGCUUCUCGUGCUGAUCUUCAUCACUUGGAGUUGUUCUUAGCAGGGAGGCAAGCAGAUGCUCCCCAAGAAGCACUGCAAGUGCUUGACAUCGUGCUUAGGGAGUUGCCUACAGCAAGAUAUACACCAGUUGGUCGAUCAUUUUACUCGGGUGAUCUUGGAAGAAGACAAUCAUUGGGUGAGGGCCUGGAAAGUUGGCGAGGUUUUUACCAGAGUAUCCGUCCAACACAGAUGGGAUUGUCACUAAAUAUUGACAUGUCAUCCACUGCUUUCAUAGAGCCACUGCCAGUUACCGAUUUUGUUGCUCAGCUUUUGAACAGAGAUGUCUCCAACAGACCGUUGUCUGAUGCUGAUCGCGUGAAGAUAAAAAAGGCUCUUAGAGGUGUCAAAGUUGAGGUCACGCAUCGUGGGAAUAUGCGUAGGAAGUAUCGCAUAUCUGGCUUAACAUCACAGACAACAAGAGAGCUGACAUUCCCUGUUGAUGAUCGUGGCACGGUGAAGUCUGUUGUUCAGUACUUUCUAGAGACUUAUGGUUUUACCAUUCAACAAAUAAAUUGGCCUUGCCUGCAAGUUGGAAAUACGCAAAGACCAAAUUACCUGCCAAUGGAGGUUUGUAAAAUUGUCGAAGGCCAAAGGUACUCAAAGAGGUUAAAUGAGAAACAGAUAACUGCCCUUCUGAAAGUGACAUGCCAGCGACCUUCUGAUCGAGAGCAAGACAUUCUGCGGACUGUUAGUCAUAAUAACUACAACAAUGAUCCCUAUGCACAAGAAUUUGGAAUCAAGAUCAGUGAAAGACUCGCUUCAGUUGAGGCAAGGAUUUUGCCGCCUCCUUGGUUGAAAUACCACGACACUGGUAAGGAGAGGAAUUGUUUGCCAAGAGUGGGCCAGUGGAAUAUGAUGAACAAGAAAAUGGUAAACGGUGGGAGAGUAAGUAACUGGGCAUGCAUCAAUUUUGCAAGAAAUGUUCAUGACAACAUUGCUCACGGAUUCUGUAAAGACCUGGCCCUGAUGUGUCGGACUUCUGGAAUGGAUUUUUCUUUGGAGCCUUUGCUUCCUGUACUAACUGCUAGGCCCGAUCAAGUGGAUAAGGCUCUAAAAGCACGUUACAGUGACUCAAUGAAAAUACUCAAACCUCAGGGCAGAGAACUCGACCUGCUGAUUGUUAUAUUACCUGAUAACAAUGGGUCUCUUUACGGGGAUCUUAAACGGAUUUGUGAGACGGAUCUUGGAUUAGUAUCACAGUGCUGUUUGACAAAGCAUGUUUUUAAGAUAAGCAAACAAUAUCUUGCAAAUGUUGCUCUCAAGAUCAAUGUCAAGGUUGGAGGGAGAAAUACAGUUCUUGUGGAUGCUUUAUCAAGGCGCAUUCCUCUAGUCAGUGACAGACCUACAAUUAUAUUUGGUGCUGAUGUAACACAUCCUCAUCCCGGCGAAGAUUCUAGUCCUUCCAUUGCAGCUGUUGUUGCGUCCCAAGAUUGGCCUGAGGUUACAAAGUAUGCUGGAUUGGUUUGUGCACAGGCCCAUCGUCAGGAGCUGAUACAAGAUUUAUUUAAAGUUUGGCAGGAUCCUCAGAGAGGAUCUGUCAGUGGGGGCAUGAUCAGGGAGCUUCUCAUGUCCUUCAGAAGAGCAAGUGGGCAGAAGCCUGAGCGAAUUAUCUUUUACAGGGAUGGUGUCAGUGAGGGCCAAUUUUAUCAAGUACUGUUGUACGAGCUUGAUGCAAUUCGGAAGGCUUGUGCUUCACUAGAGUCUGAUUAUCAGCCUCCCGUGACAUUUGUGGUGGUGCAAAAGCGUCAUCAUACCCGUCUGUUUGCCAAUAACUAUAGAGACCAAUCAUCUGUGGACAGAAGUGGAAAUAUACUGCCUGGUACCGUAGUCGACUCCAAGAUUUGCCAUCCGACGGAGUUUGACUUUUUCCUAUGUAGUCAUGCAGGCAUUCAGGGUACAAGUCGUCCUGCCCAUUACCAUGUCUUGUGGGAUGAGAACAAAUUCACUGCUGAUGCCCUGCAAUCUCUUACAAACAACCUAUGUUACACUUAUGCUAGAUGCACACGAUCUGUAUCAAUAGUACCUCCUGCAUAUUAUGCCCAUUUGGCUGCAUUCCGAGCUCGGUUUUAUAUGGAGCCAGAGACGUCUGACAGUGGAUCGAUGGCCAGCGGUGCAGUUACUGCUGGCCGUGGAGCUGCUGCUGGAGGUGCCCGUGCUACCCGGGGUCCUGGUGGUACUGUAGUUAGGCCCCUUCCUGCCCUCAAGGAAAAUGUUAAGAGGGUUAUGUUCUACUGUUAAAUGUAGUAGAAACCUGGUCAUUCUGUUAGUUUUAAGCUACGUGUUGUGUAAAAUAUCUUAUUUCGAGGUAGCUUAGCUUAUGUAUUUUGUAUGUGUGUAGCGUGCUGUGACAUUUGCAUGUGUUUGUGAAGCGUGGGGAGAUGUGAUUGUUAACCUUUUGCCAGACUGAAGUGGUUCGUCGUAUGAAUUUGGUCGUAAUGUAGCAGGUACGAUUUUUAAUAGUUCGCUUUAUGCUACUCAAGUGGUUUAUUGUAUGAAUUUGCUCAGAAUAUGCAGGAGGUAUAAAGUCAUGGUAGUUCACAGGA